UUUAAAAGUUUUAUACAUCACCACUGGCAGGUGCAACGUGAUGGAACACAUUUGGCUCUUCAUGCUUUCUCUGUCAGGAGUUCUGUCGCCAAUUCUGUGCAACACACAUGACUUCAUUCUGAUUAAACAGUUAAAAACAUGGAGCGAUGCUCAAACUUACUGCCGAACAUACCAUGUUGAUCUGGCCACUGUUCAAAGUACUGAAAACUUCACCCGUCUGCAAGAAGUAGCAGACACAAACAAAUUUACUGGAGCUGCCUGGACUGGCCUGUACAACGACAUCAAAAGCUGGCGGUGGUCUUAUAAAGAUGAGAGUCAGUUGUUCACUCACUGGGCGUUGGGACAGCCAGAUAACUACGGUUCGGGAGAGGAGUGUGCUAUGCUAAGACAUGAUGGUGUUUGGUUUGACACAAACUGUUUGGAACUAAGAUAUUUUCUGUGUUUUGACGACCAGAGCAACAGCACAGACAAUUAUAUUUUUGUUACUAAAGCUAAGACUUGGCUUGAUGCGCAGACGUACUGCAGACAGCAUUAUACAGACCUGGUCACCAUUAGAAAUCAAACGGAAAAUGACAUGUUAGCAAAUAAGCUACAUUGGAUUACAUAUUUUGCCUGGAUUGGACUAUUCAGGGACUCUUGGAAGUGGUCCGACCAGGCCAAUUUAACAGACUCAACUCAAGUGAUUGCUCAACGUCUGAAUGGAGCAAAUCAAGAUUGUGCUUAUGUAAAUUAUGGGGGUUACAUCUACGACUAUCCCUGCACUGGAACGUUUUACUUCUAUUGUGACACUGUGUGGCUGAAACGGCAGAUUGUGAGACUGGAGGUAAAAGUCAGUCAGAAUGUGGCUGAAACUACAUUGAUGGCUCUCGUCUUAAAGCAGAUGCAGCAAACCCUCAACAAACAGGGCUGGACCGAAGACGUCACCAUGACAUGGAGGAAACAACGCAGUGGACGAGUCUUCCAGAAGAUUCAAACACUUGAACCACAAAGUAGUAAUGAAAGUGCUGUGUGCCCUGGCCCCAACUUCUGAACACAUCUUUUUAUGAUUUUUUUUAUUUAUAUCUUUUGGAGGAAAAGGUAUAUAACAUUUUGUGUGAUGGAACAUAAUUCUCAGUGAAAUGAGUUCAAAAUACUCCAUUUAAAAUGAGUUUGACACCUCUAAUCUGUUAUAAUUAAUCAUUGUAGUUUGUGUCUUUUAUUAAGUGUGAUUUAUUCAUUAACUUUAGAUUUCCAGUUCUAUAUAGGCCAUAUUAAAAUUAGUUUUAUUAAAGCAAAAAAUGAUUAAAAAGAGAUAUAUUUGAUAUAGGUAGACCGGGGCUAAUUGUCACACAGGGAAGAUGUCAAAAGGGCUAUUUAAAAGAAUAUUCCAGGUUCAAUUCAAGUUAAGAUCAAUCAACAGCAUUUGUGGAAUUAAUUUGAUUACCACAAAAAUGUAUUUUGACUCGUCCCUCCUUUUCUUUAAAAAAACAAUAAUAAAAAAAUACGGUGAGGCAUUUACAAGUCAAUGUGUUCAAUCCAUAAACGUUAAAAUAAUCAGUUUCAAAAGUAUAGACACAACAAUAAACAAUAUGUGUGUUAACAUGAUUUUACUGUAAUACAAUUGCUAACUAACAUUCUUAUCCUAGUUAUAUAUAUAUUUAAAAAGAGGAUUUCAAGUUAAAAUGAUGCACGAGUUAUAACAGAAUAAUUAAUACAAGUGGUUUUAUAAAAGUAUAAACUUCACAUUUCUUCUCAAUUUUUGCUCCUUUAAAGAGACGAAGAGACGUGUCCAAAUUAUUAUUUGUGGUAAUCGAUAUAACAUAAAACCUUUACCACUGGUUUAAUGGCAGGUUCCAUUGUGACAACUUACCCCUUUAAUGAGUGAACAAAAUGUUAAUGCAUGUUCAAUGAGCGAAAAUAUUUAACAGUAGCAAAAUGAUUACUAUGUGUCUCUCUGUGGAAAUACAACUGUAUAGCACUGUAAAUCGAUAGUCACCUAAAUACAAUAAAUAAUACUUGUUUCAAUAAAGCUCUUAAUCCACAAGAACUAUGUAUGGACGCUUGAUUUGAUGACACCCUUUAAAUAAUGUUCUAUGCCCUUGUUUAUGUACUUUAGUUGACAUAUUUC